GUCCUGCUUUAAGAAUGUGGGAUUGGGUAGCAGGGAGGAAUUACUGCUGUUAUCUGAUCAGUGACUGGAGAUAAGAACAGGAUUCCUCACACCUUGUGUUACACUGCAGGAUAUAUAGGAAGAGCAUUUUGUGGUGUCAAACAGAUGCAGGUCACAGCUGGGCCCUCACUUUGCCCCACUUAAGAAGCCUUGCUGAGACAGGCAGAGAGGCCACUGCUAUUCAAAGUGAUGCCACAGAUACAUUCAUAGCAUUUUGGACUGAAAUCAUAAUCACACCCAUUGUAACUGUAUUUAUCUUUGUUUAAGAAAAUAAUUUUGAGAACUCUAAAGCUGGAGACACUUUUCGCACAUAUUUUCAGAAAGAUUAAUUGUAGUACAUGGCUUGAGAAAGUGAAAUAUUAUCCAGCUAUUUGCAGUAUCCAAUUUCACCUAUGCAAUUUAUAGAGAGAGGGAUGGGACAGUGGACUACUUGAAAAGUAGGAGCACAUUAUGUUUCUACAGACAAUAAAAACCAAUUAUGCAAACAAACAAGCUUUAAGGAAUAUUUUGGACUCCAGUUGGACUUACAGUUCUUAAUAUGCUUACUUUAGUUCGAAUAUGCUCUAAUUUGUUGUAAUAUGUCUUUAGUUCUAAUAUGUCAGAUUUUAAUAGAUCUUAUUGCUCUGAGAUUGUCAGGACUUUAUACCAAUGUGCUUGGAUAUUAUAGAUGGGUUUAGAAAUAGCAUCUCAAAUAUUCCAUGUACAGAGGCAGAUUAAAAUAGAACCAGUUUAAACCUCAGUCUUGAAGUACCUGAGCAUGAAUUGUGACUGAUUUAGCAAAACAAGAUGUGGAGAAUGAAGAGACUAAUAAAAACCCACAGAUAGGGUGUCAUAGGAGAGAUUAUACUUUUGCUGCUUCUUAAUGCAUAAUUAUGCCCAAUUUGUAAUUCAUUCCAUUGCUCUUUACAGUGUUUAAAAAAUAACCUGUUUCCUUUAUUCAUUAUAAGUUAACAUUUUUGUUUUUAGUGUUUUUGGUUUAAUCACUGUUAAACCAAAAAACUAAAAACAAAAAAUGUUAACUUGUUAUAGUGUUUCUUGCAUAGUUCCAUGCUUUUCCAUUGCUUUCUGUUACUUUUUUGAGGGAGCGAGCCAUAGGAUUGAUAAGAGAACUAAAUCUGUUUAUCAUUGUUCCAAUACAUUAACUUUGUUCUUGUUUCCAUUGUUUUUAAAAGGUGAUAUUGUCACACAUUUGUUAUCCCAAAUGAUCACAGAUAAUAACAUUAGUUUCAAAAGCUGUUUGGGGCAUAGAAUAUUUGAAGGAAAUUGAUGAAAAUAUAGAAAAUGUUAAUGGGUUCAUGGAAACAUUUGGCAUACCCAAAGUGGUUCUUGGAAUUACAACCCAUGUCUGCCUCUUCCCUUCUGCCUCAAUGUGUUUAAGUGUACAGUAUUCUGUUCUGUGUGAAACGAUGAUGAAGUCCUUCAAGUCUGAAAUGUUAAAGGUCACACCUGCUAUCAAACUGUUUUGUUUCUAAAAGUAUGCAUUAAAAAUACUGUGCACCAAAAUGAAUCCCUGUAACCAAUAUGCUGCAGCUGUUUGUGACAACUUUAUUACAUUGCUUGGUUUUUUAAAAAUCCCCCUUAGACUUCCGCACACAUACAAAAUGUUAGUUAUGCUCUAAAAUAAUGAUAUGCAUAGCUAAGUGGAACAUUUGUGUGCACUUAAUGGGUGGUGGUGAUGUACAGUGUUAAAAGUUUUGAAGUUUUAUUUGUUCACCAAGAAAUCACAGAGCUGGAAGAGAUUUCAAGGACUAUCUAGUCCAAACCCUUGCCUUGCCGGAAUAUACAAAUAAAGUACACCAGAAAGAUGGGCAUCCAACCUCUACAAAGAAGGAGAAUCACUCUCCAAGGCACUCUAUUUGUCUGUUGCACAACUCUUGCCUUCAGGAAGUUCUUCCUAAUGUUCAGGUGGAAUCUCUCUUGGUGCAAUUUGAACCUAUUAUUUUAUGUCCCAGUGUCUGGAGCAUCAGAAAAAGAAGUUUUCUCCAUCCUCUACAUGACAACUCUUCAAAUGUUUAAAGAUAGUCAUCAUAACAACUCUCAUUCUUCUCUUCUCAAGGCUAAACAUAGCAAGCUAAGCUAUUUCUCAAAGGGCUUGGUUUUCAGAUCUUUUGCCAUCUUUUGCCCAAAGUCUAGAGACUCCAGUGUAGACGGCAGUGGGAAACCAAGCAUUCUUAGUUUGGAAACAGUAGCCUUUUUAAACUUCAGCAAGCCAAAAUGCUCUACAUCAGUGACUUCCAAACUUUGGUCCUGCAGGUGUUUUGGACUUCAACUCCCAGAAACUCCAGGCAGCUUGGCCAACAGUUAAGAAUUCUGGAACCUGAGGUUCAAAUCAUCUGGAGGAUCAAAGUUUCGGAACCACUGCUCUACCUUAACUACACAGACAGGAAAAUGGAAUCUUUCCACUCACUUAAUGGAUAUGAAGGCCUGCCAGAGCAUUAACACUGCCAAAAAGCUAUGCUGCUCUGAUAGCUGAUUGGCCUGUGGUGGUUUUGGGCAUGUGUACUGUGCUAAUUGUGGUGUGUGCUUUGGUGGGAAUACUAGUCCCAGAUCUUCCAGACUUCUCUGAUCCAUUAUUGGGUUUUGAGCCAAGAGGAACUGCUAUAGGGCAGAGACUUGUCACAUGGAACAAUAUGGUGAAAAACACAGGCUACAAAGCAACUUUAGCUAACUACCCGUUUAAAUAUGCAGAUGAACAGGCUAAGAGUCAUCGAGAUGACAGAUGGUCAGACGACCACUAUGAAAGAGAGAAAAGAGAAGCAGACUGGAAUUUCCAUAAAGACAGCUUUUUCUGUGACAUUCCAAGCGAUCGCUAUUCACGAGUGGUAUUUACAUCAGCAGAUGGAGAGAAUUUAUGGAAUUUACUGGCAAUAAAAUCAAUGUGCAGUGUAGAUAAUUUGAGGAUACGAUCUCAUUUUCAGUUUGGUGAUCUCUGCCAGAGAACCACUGCUGCUUCAUGCUGUCCCAGCUGGACAUUAGGCAAUUAUAUUGCCAUUCUGAACAACAGAUCAUCCUGUCAAAAAAUUAUAGAGAGAGAUGUUUCUCACACUCUGAAGCUGCUCCGUACAUGUGCCAAAUACUACUACAAUGGGACUCUUGGGCCAGACUGCUGGGAUAUGGCAGCCAGGAGGAAGGACCAACUCAAGUGUACAAAUGUGCCUCGUAAAUGUACAAAGUACAAUGCUGUUUACCAGAUUCUCCACUACCUAGUGGACAAAGAUUUUCUAAGCCCAAAGCCCAUGGACUAUGUAUCACCAGCUUUAAAGUACAGCAUGCUCUUUUCACCUACAGAAAAAGGGGAGAGCAUGAUGAAAAUCUACUUGGAUAACUUUGAGAACUGGAACUCUUCUGAUGGGAUCACGACCAUCACAGGGAUUGAGUUUGGAAUCAAGCAUAGUUUAUUCCAAGAUUAUCUUUUAAUGGAUACAGUGUAUCCUGCUAUAGCCAUUGUGAUUGUUCUUUUAGUUAUGUGUGUAUAUACCAAGUCCAUGUUUAUCACACUGAUGACCAUGUUUGCAAUAAUUAGUUCCUUGAUUGUUUCUUACUUCCUCUACCGAGUAGUAUUUAAUUUUGAAUUUUUCCCCUUUAUGAACCUCACUGCACUGAUUAUUCUUGUUGGUAUUGGAGCAGAUGAUGCUUUUGUUUUGUGUGAUGUGUGGAACUACACAAAAUUUGACAAGUCUCAAGCUGCAACUUCAGAGACAGUCAGCAUCACAUUGCAACAUGCCGCCCUUUCUAUGUUUGUCACCAGUUUCACCACCGCUGCUGCCUUUUAUGCCAAUUAUGUCAGCAAUAUUACAGCAAUCAGAUGUUUUGGUGUUUAUGCUGGCACCGCCAUAUUAGUGAAUUAUGUUCUAAUGGUAACAUGGUUACCUGCAGUUGUUGUGUUACAUGAACGGUACCUAUUCAAUAUAUUUAGUUGCUUCAGAAAACCUCAGACAAGGGGCUACAGUAACAAAAGCUGCUGGACAGUGCUGUGCCAAAUGUCCCGUAAGGCUGUUUUUGCAGGUUCAGAAGCAUCAAGGAUAUUUUUUGAAAAAGUAUUGCCAUGCAUUGUUAUCAAGUUUCGCUAUGUUUGGUUGGUCUGGUUCUUAGCCUUAACUGUUGGGGGUGCAUAUAUAGUUUGCGUAAAUCCAAAGAUGAAGCUACCCUCACUGGAACUCUCAGAAUUUCAAGUGUUUAGGUCUUCUCAUCCUUUUGAACGCUAUGAUGCUGAGUUCAGAAAACUUUUUAUGUUUGAACGUGUCCAUCAUGGAGAGGAGCUUCAUAUGCCCAUAACUAUUAUCUGGGGGGUCUCUGCUGAGGACAAUGGGGACCCCCUAAACCCUAAGAGCAAAGGAAAGCUAAAAUUAGACAGCAACUUCAAUAUUGCAAGCCCAGAUUCACAGCUGUGGAUUUUGAAGUUUUGCCAGAAGCUAAGGAAUCAGACAUUUUAUUAUCAAACAGAAGAGCAGGACUUCACAAGCUGCUUUAUUGAGACAUUUAAGCAAUGGAUGGAAAAUCAGGACUGCGAUGAACCAGCUCUUUAUCCUUGCUGCAGUCACUGGAACUUUCCCUACAAACAGGAGAUUUUUGAGUUAUGCAUCAAAAGGGCCAUUAUGGAGCUUGAAAGAAGUACAGGGUACCAUUUAGACAGCAAAACUCCCGGGCCUCGCUUUGACAUAAAUGAUACCAUCAGAGCGGUGGUACUGGAGUUCCAAAGCACCUACCUCUUCACCUUGGCAUACGAGAAGAUGCAUCAGUUCUACAGAGAGGUGGAUACCUGGAUUUCACAUGAGCUUAGUACUGCUCCUGAGGGUCUAAGCAGUGGUUGGUUUGUGAGUAAUCUAGAGUUCUAUGACCUCCAGGACAGUCUUUCUGAUGGUACUUUGAUUGCCAUGGGUCUUUCAGUUGCUGUAGCAUUCAGUGUAAUGCUGCUUACAACUUGGAAUAUAAUAAUAAGUCUUUAUGCAAUAGUCUCAAUCGCAGGAACUAUCUUUGUUACUGUUGGAUCUCUGGUUCUUCUGGGUUGGGAGCUAAAUGUGUUAGAGUCUGUCACCAUUUCUGUUGCUGUUGGCUUAUCUGUUGACUUUGCAGUCCAUUAUGGAGUUGCUUACCGUUUAGCGCCUGAUCCUGACAGAGAAGGAAAAGUAAUCUUCUCCCUAAGUCGCAUGGGCUCAGCAAUUGCCAUGGCUGCACUGACUACAUUUGUAGCUGGAGCCAUGAUGAUGCCUUCCACAGUUUUGGCAUAUACUCAGCUUGGCACCUUCAUGAUGCUUAUAAUGUGUAUCAGCUGGGCUUUUGCAACCUUCUUCUUCCAGUGCAUGUGCCGUUGCCUUGGGCCCCAGGGCACUUUUGGUCAGAUCCCUUUGCCAAAAAGAUUUCAGUGCAGUGCCUUUUCACAGGCGUUGUCAGGAAACAAAGGAGAUGGGGAGCAAAACAAAGCCCAGCCAGUAAAUAAAUAUCAUUUGGACCCUAGAAGUCAAAAAUCAGAACUGGAUCAUGAGCAUGAGCAUUAUGAGUUAGAGCCUUUAGCAUGCCAGACCAACAACUGCAUUGGCUCAGAAAAGAGAGCCUUUGAAGAAACACACAUCUGCUCUGAGCUCUUAAAUGGUAGGCUUGCAAAUGCCCAUGCUCUUCCUCACUCAGUGUAUAACAACAAACUGAACAUGGCCACCAAAAGUGACUCUAACUCGGCCAUGGCAUCCUCUGGUGAGCAGGAUCCCUCUUGUCAGCUGAUGUGUCAAAACCAGCAGUGUAUUUGUUCAGAUGCAUUUAAGGCUUUGGGCAUGAAAUGGAGUCCCCAUUCAUGUCAGCAGUUAAAUGAAACUGUAUGUUUUCACUCGUCUCCAUCUGGAAACAUGCCGAUCCAGAAUUCUUUGGUCCCCUUAAAUGCCUUGCGUUGCUCUUCUGAUGGUUACGUUAACACUGUCCAGCAUGUUCUCAGCUGUAACUGUCUACAAGGCAGGUUAAAAAAACUACCAGUUCAGCAUUCACUUUCUAGAAAUAUUUUUCUCCAUUCAGUGCACCAUUUACAAUCCCGCAGUCUUCCCAACACCGAAGAGAACUUGAGAACUCUUCCAAAAGAGACAAAUACUUCCCUAUUUCUCUGCAGAAGUGCUGGUUCACUCAUGAAACCGUGUUGUGAAACAGAAAAAAGCAUGGACCAAAAGGGACUCUGUAUUAACUGCAGAGGCAAAUGUGAUGUAAGGAUCACUGAGGUAAAUGGAAAUGAAAAUGGGAUGUCUGCAUCCAAGCAAAACAGAGAAGCUGAAGCAGAGGGCAUCCCGGACGUGCCACAAGGUACUGCAGACAAGAAGUUUAAUCAGAAUGAUAUUAAAGGUACAGAAAGCAAUACAGCGGCAGGGACUGGUUUUGAGUCUUGCCCUGAAAAUUCACAGUAUUGUAACAAACCCAUAAUAACCAAGUGCAAUUCUGCUGAGUGUCAUAUGCCAAACACUGAAGCCCAUGUGCCUGCUCUGUUAGCACACUCUGAACUUUCCAAUGAAAGUUUGCUAAUAAAAACGCUAUAAUUAAUCUUAAACUU